CAAGUCCCGUGACCGUCAUUGCCCCGCGGCCUCCUCGCCCUCAGUUCCCCUCCGCGGCCUCCGCUGGGCCUCCCCGGCCCAGGGCGCGGCGUCCCGGCGAGUCAGCUGUUUCUCGCCGGGGCCCAAGAGGCGGAAGCCGGAGAGACGCAGGGAGGAGCUUCGCGUGCGGGGUGAACGCCCGUCCUACGUGCUCGUUCGCUUCGCGACCGCUGUGCGCGAGCCCGGUGUCCCCGCGGCGGGCAGCAGCGGCGGCGUCGGUGGAACGCGGAGGGGGCGGAGGGAGUCCGCGGCGGCGGCGGCUGCAGUAGAGAAAUGGCGGAGACCGUGGCGGACACCCGGCGGCUGAUCACCAAGCCGCAGAACCUGAAUGAUGCCUACGGGCCGCCCAGCAACUUCCUCGAGAUCGAUGUGAGCAACCCGCAGACGGUGGGGGUCGGCCGGGGCCGCUUCACCACCUACGAAAUCAGGGUCAAGACAAAUCUGCCUAUUUUCAAGCUGAAGGAAUCUACCGUUAGAAGAAGAUACAGUGACUUUGAAUGGCUGCGAAGUGAAUUAGAAAGAGAGAGCAAGGUUGUAGUUCCCCCGCUCCCUGGAAAAGCAUUUUUGCGCCAGCUUCCUUUUAGAGGAGAUGAUGGAAUAUUUGAUGAUAAUUUUAUUGAAGAAAGGAAGCAAGGACUGGAGCAGUUUAUAAACAAGGUCGCUGGUCAUCCUCUGGCACAGAAUGAACGUUGUCUUCACAUGUUUUUACAGGAUGAAAUUAUAGAUAAAAGCUAUACUCCAUCUAAAAUAAGACAUGCCUGAAAUUUGGUGAGAAGGGGCAAAAAAAAAAAAACAAAACAAAAAAAACAAAAAAAAACCACACCUCUCCGUGACUAUUAAUGGUUCAUACGCACCAGUGAAGAAGUUCUAACUAACUCUCAGCAUGCCGCACAAAAACUGGUAUAACAUGCCCUCGGUAUACUAACAUCCAUACGCUCAGUUUGGUUUUGUUUUGUUUUGGCAGUUGACAAGAAGUUAAUUUGCUUUAGUGAAAAUCCCUCCUUCCAGCCUUUCUAUAUAAAUAGCUCUUCCUUGCCGUUCUAAUGUGGUCCCCAUGAUCACCUCGCAGACCUGUUACUCCAGUAUAACCCGCAGUGUCCUAACUAAAGUUACUGACUUGGUCUUAUCUGCACAGUUUUUGUGUCCUGUUUGCUUCUUGAAUCUGAUUAACUAGAAUAUUUCUCUUAUCCUUUUUAAUAUGUGAUGUCCCUUGACCUAAUUUAUGUGUAGAAGCACUACACCAUUGGUUUCCAGUCCCCUGUGUGUAAGAUACACACUUGUGUGCAGAAAAGUCUCCCUUCAGGCUUGUAAUACCCUUCACGUGGAAGAUUAAUGAGGGAAAUCUUUAUAUUCUGUAUAAAAACAAAAUCAAAUUUAUAUACUAAAAUCAUUUGUCUAAAAAUUUAAGUUGUUUUCAAAUAAAAAAUAAAAAAGCAUUUCUGAUA